GUUUUCGGUGGCAUUGUUUUGCAAGAAAUUGCCAGGUUUUAGUUCUAAUAGCAAUGUUGUGGGUUUAAUUGCUUUCGCUUGCAAGAGGUAACCUUAGCCUAUGUCUCCAGAGGAUGAACACCAAAGUCCCCCCCUUGGUUUCAGCUCCACCCGGGAGGAUGUAGAUGGCUCCCAAGAGGCAGGGAGGAGGAGCAGGGCACGCAGCAGUCUUCACACAAGAACCCCAGAAGCUGAUAUCAGUUGUCCUGAAGACUUUGCUGAUGGAAAGAGUCCUUUCCUGAAAACUCUGAUGGAUGCAGAAGCUGCUGCCAAUUCUGCAACUAUACAACUCAUGUCUUUUAAAGAUACCAUGGAAGAUCCAGUUGCUGAUUCGAGGCUGUCAGCCAUAGAUAAGCGCCGAAUUAGAAGACAAAGAGGACUUUUGCUGGAGAAGUUGGAGGAUUUUAAGAGGAUAAAUAAGUCUCUUCGGCAUAAAUUGAAACAGCUUCAGGAAACAGAGGUUCAUCGAAUUGAUGCAAAGCGACAGACUGGCAUCUUACUGAAGAAGAUCACAAAGGCUGAAAAUGAAAAUGAGCAUUUAAGAAGAGAUUUGUGUGAGGCAGAAAGAAGAGCUGAGGAACUAAUGGCCCUGCGGAGAGAGGAGCAGGAGAACAGAAAGACUGCAGUUCACUUGACCAAGUCUGUGGAGGCAACUCGAGCUCACCUGCAGGGGCAGCUGCGCAACAAGGAAGCUGAAAACAACCGUCUGACUGUACAGCUACGGACUCUGGAGAGAACCCUGACUCAGCAGAAUAUGGAGAUUGAUGAUCUGAAAGAUUCCAUCGCCUCUUUGAAUGAUAAGGCAGCAAGGGACAAAGAAUCUCUCAAGAAAGCCACACGAGCACAGAAACAGAGAGCUGAGAGGUUUGAAGCUGCCAUCGAGAAAUGCUACGCACAGUUGAGGGAAAAGGAUGCUCAGUUGGCCAAAGCCCACUUGGAAAGAGACUCCAGGAGACAGCAAAAGGAGCAGGUGACAGAUGAGAAAGGCAAGCUUGUGGCUCAUAUAGAGUUAUUGAAAAGUCAAAUAGCAGAUAUGACAGGGAGACUGCAGAAGGAGACAGAUUACUUCGGUACAGCCAAUGAAGCUGUGAUGCAACGAGUUGAAAAACUCAGCACUGAAAACAGAGACCUCAGGAUCAAUAAUGCAGCACUCAAGGCAUCUGUUGCUCAACUGGAGCAGCAGCUGGCUGAGUGCGACUCAGCUCUGGUAGAGGAGAAGGUUGUGUCUCAGGAGGGGAAACGUCAAGCCGAGCGGUGCCAAUAUCAGGUUGCAGAGCUUCAAGCUGAGAUAGAUGAUUUGAGGAUAAAAUAUGGAAAAAUUUUAAGGGAGACAGAGAAAACACAAGAUGGAAAACAUACAGAAGUUGAGAAGGUGAGGCAGGAGCUGCAGGUGCGUGUGGACAAUCUGAAUGCUUACCCUGAGUUACUGAGUGCUACAGAGCAGAGCCUUUUCGAGUGCCGGGAGAGGCUGCGAUGCUCGGAGAGGAAGUGCUCAGAAAAGUCAGAGUCCAUUAGGCAACUGCAGGUCAAGAUGGAGAGUCAGACAAAAUUGCUGAGAUCAUCUGUGGAGAUGAAAGAGUCCAUUCAUGAAGCCAAUAUACAAUUACAACAAAAACUGAAUUCUCUUCAAAAGCAGAUUGAUGAACUGCAGCAGGAGAACCUGGAGCUCAUACGGAGACUCGCCGCUCAGGAGGAAGCUCUGAGCUACAGUAAGAAGCAGCUGGAUCAACGCUCGUCAGAGUGUCAGGCCCUCAGCCGGCAGCUGGAGGCAGCUUUAUCAGAUGUCAAACAACAGGUCAACAAGGUGAAAGACCAGGCUUGUUCCAGAGAGGAGGCCCUUCAGACCAAAGUCCUGGAGCUGGAAGCUGAAAAAAGUAGAAGGAAUGAGGAGCUGCGGGUUCUUCGCCAGAGCAAGCUCACUACAGAGAAACGGUUUGAGGCACGUCUGAAGGAUCUGCAGCUCAGCCUGGACCAGUCCGAGAGCCAUAAACAAAGCAUUCAGAACUAUGUGGAUUUUCUGAAAAACUCUUAUAGGGCAAUGUUCGAUGAGGGACUGCAAACAUCAGGUUUUGGAUCUUCGUAUUUUCUAAAAUGAUUAGAUUCAUUUGUUUACAGAAGAGGAUUGGGACCACUGUAAAAAGUGUAUUUGUGUUCUGAUCUCAGAAUUCUGACUUUAAACGUCUUUUAAAAAGGUCAGAAUUCUGAGAGGAAAAAAGAACUAUAGCAUUUUUACAAAUGCCCUAACCCUCUUCCAUAUUUGUUUACAAUUUCAAAUUUGUAUUAAUUUAUUUGUUAUUAUAAUCUUGUGUGGUAUUUAUGAAACCCAGUUAAAAGAAGAGAACAUGGGCAAGAAUUUUUGAAUCACUUUAGAAGACAUAAAAGCUUAUUUUUGAUUAUUUUGGGUUACCUUUGAUUAUGUAUUCUACAUUUAGCUCACACGCUGACUUUUUUCCUCAGAUAUGAAAAUCUGCUGUUGUGAGAGGUUUUUAUACCGGUGUUUAGAGACAUCACAUAAUGUUUUCACAUGUUUAUGCAAAUUUUGGACUGUGAAUUCUUGGUGCUCCUGUCUUACUUUUCUACUGUUCCAACCAGGGAAAAUAAUGUCUCUAGGUAGAACUCUUGUUUACCUACAGUCUAUGCAUUUGGUUCUCUGUCUCACUUCACUACUAAAUAAGGUCUGUGCAACACAAAGUGUAAGACCAGGUCUGCUGUUGAGUUUAAACUUGUUGGUCUGUUUUGUUUGUGUAAUUUGAAGCCAUUUAUACAAUUGCAGUGAUUAUGAAAGCACUUGUUAAUGAAUCCUAAAGGUGCUACAAAACCAAUUAUUAUGCAAGUGCAUAUGAUCCAGUCACGUUUACCUGUGGCAGAUGCUCUACCCUGACACAUCUAACAGAAAGUCAGAGCCCUGACACAAAAGUGCUCAACUAGCUUGUGUGUGUCAUAUUUGUAGCCAUCAUAGGGUGUGUGUUGAAUGUGUUUAUAUGUUCUGACUCUCAGCUAGGCUGAGAUGAAUUAGGAUGAAAAUCAGUUGUGUAGCUGUCACUUGUGAUGUCUGGGCCUUUAGGGUUGCAAAUAUAAUUACUGAGAUACAUGUAACACUGGGAUGUUUCCAAACCGCUGGUUUGCUUUCAUGCUUUUGUAAUGGAAGCUUUCAUAUUACUGAGACUUAUGGGCACAGAAAGAUGCACAGGUAUCUGCUGCAGCAUGAUUUACCUAGUUACCUUAAAAUCUGGCUUCUUGUCUUGUGCUAUAGUUUGGUCUUGUUGUUCUCCUAUUGUUGCUUCAUUUUCUGUCCCAUACUGCAUCUGUGGUAAUAAAACAGAGCCAAGAGCGUUGUAAAAUUC